UCUCAGAAACAGAAUGUAGAUCUGAGCAGGCAGGCCAAGUUCGCCCAGACACCGUCCUUCGCUCUCUUCGUCACCCUGAAGAACGUGGUGUGUAAGAUCGGAGAAGAUGCAGAGGUCCUCAUGUCGCUCUACGACCCUGUUGAGUCAAAGUUCAUCAGUGAGAAUUACCUGGUGCGUUGGUCCAGUCAAGGCCUGGUGAAAGAUAUAGACCAGCUCCAUAACCUGAGAUCAGUCUUCACUGACCUUGGCAGUGAGGAUUUAAAGAGAGAGAAGAUCAGCUUUGUUUGCCAGAUCGUUAGAGUCGGACGGAUGGAGCUACGUGACAACAACACCAAGAAGCUGACCUCUGGGCUGAGGAGGCCCUUUGGAGUGGCAGUAAUGGAUGUGACUGACAUCAUAACAGGCAAGAUGGAUGAUGAGGACAAGCAGUAUUUCAUCCCCUUCCAGCCGGUGGCGGGGGAGAGCGACUUUCUCCAGACCGUCAUCAACAAGGUCAUCGCCGCCAAGGAGGUCAACCACAAGGGACAAGGUCUGUGGGUGACCCUGAAACUGCUUCCGGGUGAUAUCCAUCAGAUCAGGAAGGACUUCCCUCACCUGGUUGACCGUUCCACAGCUGUGGCCCGCAAGAUGGGCUUCCCAGAGAUCAUCAUGCCAGGUGACGUGCGUAACGAUAUCUACGUAACCCUGGUUCAGGGAGAGUUUGAUAAAGGCAGCAAGUCCACCCCCAAGAAUGUCGAGGUCACCAUGACAGUCUACGACGAGGACGGAAAGAAACUGGAGAACGUGAUGUUCCCUGGUGCUGGAGAUGAGGGCAUCUUGGAGUACAAGUCUGUCAUCUACUACCAGAUCAAACAGCCACGCUGGUUUGAAACCAUCAAGGUUGCCAUCCCUAUUGAAGACGUGAACCGAAGUCACCUGCGAUUCACCUUCCGUCACCGAUCAUCUCAAGAAUCCAAAGACAAAUCGGAGAAGAUAUUCGCCCUGUCGUUUGUGAAGCUGAUGAGGUACGAUGGGACGACCCUGAGGGACGGAGAGCACGAUCUCAUCGUAUACAAGGCGGAGGCUAAGAAGCUGGAGGACUCGUCUCUAUAUCUGAACCUGCCUGCUACUAAGGUGGAGCUGGAGGAGAAGGGUUUGUCCACUACAGGGAAGGGUACACACAACCUGGGCAACUGUACCAUCAGCAAGGACUCCUUCCAGAUAGCAACCCUGGUGUGUUCCACCAAGCUCACACAGAACGUGGAUCUGUUGGGCCUGCUGAAGUGGCGCUCCAACACCAGCCUCCUACAGCAGAACCUCCGACAGCUGAUGAAGGUCGAGGGAGGAGAGGUCGUCAAGUUUCUGCAGGACACCCUUGAUGCCCUGUUUAACAUUAUGAUGGAGAACUCAGACAGUGACACGUUUGACACCCUGGUGUUUGAUUCCUUGGUAUUCAUAAUUGGACUCAUUGCAGACAGAAAGUUUCAGCACUUUCACCCCGUCCUUGAGACCUACAUUAGGAAGCAUUUCAGUGCUACUCUGGCGUACACGAAGCUGACCAAGGUUCUGAAGAACUAUGUGGAGAAUGCAGAGAAGCUGACAGAACAGCUGCUGAAGGCCAUGAAAGCUCUGGAGUACAUAUUCAAGUUUAUAGUGCGUUCCAGGGUCCUCUUCAACCAACUGUAUGAGAACAAAGGAGAAGCAGACUUCAUGGAGUCCUUGAGGAAUCUCUUCACUUCCUUCAAUGACAUGAUGAACAUCAACUCUGAGAACACAGGCAUGGUAAAGGGUGCAGCGUUGAGAUACGUCCCCACCAUCGUGAACGACGUCAAACUGGUCUUCGAUCCCAAGGAGCUCAGUAAACUGUUCACAGAGUUCAUUCUGAAGGUUCCUCUGGGUCGUCUGGUCAAACAGAAGCUAAACUGCCUCAUCGACAUCGUCCACAGUGAUCUCUUCACACAGCAUGACUGCCGGGAGAUCCUGCUUCCUCUGAUGACAGAACAGCUGAAGUUUCAUCUAGAGAACCAGGAGGAACUGGAGGCCUGCUGUCAGCUGCUGAGUAACAUACUAGAGGUCCUCUACAGGAAGGAUGUGGGUCCUACUCAGUGGCAUGUCCAGAUCAUCAUGGAGAAGCUCCUGAGGACCGUCAACAGAACAGUCAUCUCCAUGGGCAGGGACUCUCCUCUCAUUGGCAGCUUUGUGGCCAGCAUGACCGCUACUCUGAGACAGAUGGAUGACUACCACUACACUCACCUGAUCAACACCUUCGGCAAGAUGAGGACCGACGUUGUGGAUUUCCUGAUGGAAACAUUCAUCAUGUUCAAGGACCUCAUUGGGAAGAAUGUCUACCCUGGCGACUGGGUCAUCAUGAACAUGAUGCAAAAUAAAGUGUUCCUGAGGGCCAUUAAUCAGUAUGCAGCCGUGUUAAACAAGAAGUUCCUGGAUCAGACCAACUUUGAGCUUCAGCUGUGGAACAACUACUUCCACCUCGCCGUGGCGUAUCUUACCCAGGAGUCCUUGCAGCUUGAGAACUUCUCCAGCGACAAACGAUCCAAGAUCUUCCAGAAGUACCAGGACAUGAGGAGACAGAUCGGCUUUGAGAUCAGAGACAUGUGGUAUAAUCUAGGUCCACACAAGAUCAAGUUCAUCCCAGAGAUGGUGGGUCCCAUCCUAGAGAUGACUCUGGUCCCAGAGAUAGAGCUGAGGAAAGCUACCAUCCCCAUCUUCUUCGACAUGAUGCAGUGUGAAUUCCACUUCACAUGCAGCUUCCAACGGUUUGAGAAUGAGAUCAUCACCAAACUGGAUCACGAGGUGGAGGGGGGCAGAGGAGACGAGCAGUACAAAGGCCUCUUCCACAAGAUUCUGUUGGAACACUGCAGGAAACACAAGUACCUGUCUAAGAGUGGGGAGAGCUUUGUGAACCUGGUGGUUCGUCUGUUGGAGAGGCUCCUGGACUACAGGACGAUCAUGCACGAUGAGAACAAGGAGAACCGGAUGAGCUGCACCGUCAACGUCCUGAACUUCUACAAGGAGAUAGAGAGAGAGGAGAUGUACAUCAGGUACCUGUACAAGCUGUGUGACCUCCACAAGGAGUGUGACAACUACACUGAAGCUGCCUACACACUGCUGCUGCACGCUAAGCUGCUGAAGUGGUCUGAGGAGCCGUGUGCAGCUCACCUGACCCAGAGAGACGGCUACCAGGCCUCCACACAAGGACAACUCAAGGACCAGCUCUACCAGGAGAUCAUCAACUUCUUCGACAAGGGCAAGAUGUGGGAGGAAGCCAUCGUACUAGGAAAGGAGCUGGCAGACCAGUAUGAGAAUGAGAUGUUUGACUUUGAGCAGCUCAGUGCCUCCUUGAGGAAGCAGGCUCAGUUCUACGAGAACAUUGUGAAGGUGAUCCGGCCCAAGCCAGACUACUUCGCUGUGGGAUACUACGGAGUGGGCUUCCCUUCCUUCCUCAGGAACAAGAUGUUCAUCUAUAGGGGGAAGGAGUACGAGAGGAGAGAGGACUUUGAGGCCAGACUGCUCACCCAGUUCCCCAACGCUGACAAGAUGAAGACGACCACGCCGCCCGGCGAGGACAUCAAGACCUCUUCCUCACAGUGCAUCCAAUGUUUCACCGUCAAGCCUGUUCUAGAACUCCCUUCAAAGUUCCAGAACAAACCCGUCUCUGAGCAGAUCGUCAGCUUUUACAUGAUAAAUGAAGUGUAUCAGUUUCAGUACUCCAGACCGGUGAGGAAGGGAGAGAAGGACCCAGACAACGAGUUCUCGAACAUGUGGAUCGAGCGAACCACUUACACGGCCUACAAACUGCCUGGGAUCCUGAGAUGGUUCCACGUCAGGUCUGUCUCCACGGUCUGUUCUCCACGGGUGAGUGUGGUCCACGUCAGGUCUGUCUCCAAGUUCUUCACAGAGAAGUAUCAGGGGGAUCACCCUGAGGACCAGGAGAAACUGGACAAACUGAAAGACCUCAUCGCAUGGCAGAUCCCUUACCUAGCUGAUGGAGUUCGUAUCCAUGGAGAGAAAGUGACUGAGGCUCUGAGGCCUUUCCAUGACCGCCUGGAGGUCUGCUUCAAACAGCUCAGAGAGAAAGUGGAGAAACAGUACGGAGUCAAGACACUGGUAAUAUCUCUCUCCUGUGCUCUCUUCUCCUCCUCUCUCCUCCUCUCUCCGCCUCUAUUCUUCUGUCUGUCAGUAGACUCCGAGCUGUCAGUAGAGUCCGAGCUGUCAGUAGAGUCCGAGCUGCCAGUAGAGUCCGAGCUGCCAGUAGAGUCCGAGCUGCCAGUAGAGUCCGAGCUGCCAGUAGAGUCCGAGCUGCCAGUAGAGUCCGAGCUGUCAGAGCUGUCAGUCGAGUCCGAGCUGUCAGAGCUGUCAGUAGAGUCCGAGCUGUCAGUAGAGUCCGGGCUGUCAGUAGAGUCCGGGCUGUCAGUAGAGUCCGGGCUGUCAGUAGAGUCCGGGCUGUCAGUAGAGUCCGGGCUGUCAGUAGAGUCCGAGCUGUCAGUAGAGUCCGAGCUGUCAGUAGAGUCCGAGCUGUCAGUAGAGUCCGAGCUGUCAGAAGAGUCCGAGCUGUCAGUAGAGUCCGAGCUGUCAGAAGAGUCCGAGCUGUCAGAAGAGUCCGAGCUGUCAGUAGAGUCCGAGCUGUCAGUAGAGUCAGAGCUGUCAGAGCUGUCAGUAGAGUCCGAGCUGUCAGUAGAGUCCGAGCUGUCAGAAGAGUCCGAGCUGUCAGUAGAGUCCGGGCUGUCAGUAGAGUGCGGGCUGUCAGUAGAGUCCGGGCUGUCAGUAGAGUCCGGGCUGUCAGUAGAGUCCGAGCUGUCAGUAGAGUCCGAGCUGUCAGUAGAGUCCGAGCUGUCAGAGCUGUCAGUAGAGUCCGGGCUGUCAGUAGAGUCCGAGCUGUCAGAGCUGAUAUGUGAUACGUCUCUUCUCUCUCUCUCUGUGUGUGUUCAGAUCAGCCCACUGAGGCCUCAGAGACCAAAGAGUCAGGUGUUGAACCUGUUGAGUGGAGACCGCCGUCUCUCUGUGUCCCCUGGAGCCCCCCAGCCCCAUUCUUCCCCGGGCCCCCCACCCAUCACCCCCAGGAACAAACUGUCCUUCAGCCUGCUCACCGUCUCCAGUCUGGAGCUGAACGGGAUGGGGGUUGAUAAAGGAGAGACUCCUCCUCCCCUGCCCGUGAAGGGCAUCUCUGCUGAUUAUGGGAACCUGCUAGGAGAUAAUGAAGACUUGACGAGUCCCUCCACCCCUCCCCUGACACACCAUCAAAGGCAUUUGCCACCUCCUCUUCCCAGCAAGACCCCUCCUCCCCCUCCCCCUAAGACCACCAGGAAACAAGCCUCCAUCGAUUCAGGAAUUGUACAAUAAACAAUGACAUUAAGACACCCGAUUUAAAACACACAAGGUCCCCCCUCCUCAUCCCCGCUCAACCCCUCAUCCCCCCCCCCCCCCCCCCUCAUCCCCGCUCAACCCCUCAUCCCCCCCCUCAUCCCCGCUCAACACAAGGCUGCGUUAACAAAAUGGCGACCUAUUUCCAAUAGUGGACUACUUUUCACCAUCGGGUUCUGGUCAAACGUAGGGCACUAUAUAGUGAACAGGGUGCCAUUUGGGGAAACGGACGCAGUCUGACCAGAAGUGGAAGAAGAGUAUCUCACUGAGGCAACACUCCUUAUUAAGCCAUUCAUCUUGGCUCGUGUCCCAAACAGCACCCUAUUCCCCAUAUAGUGCACUACUUUUGACCACGGCCGAUAGGGCUCUGGUUAAAAGUAGUGCACUACGUAGGGAAUAGGGUGCCAUUUUGUGGCAGAGCCUCAUUGAUCCUUUUCAAUUUUUGCCUGAAGUGUGAUGAUGCGGUCUACUUUACCAUAGGUUAGAUAGGUAUUGAUGCGGUCUACUUUACCAUAGGUUAGAUAGGUGAAUCAGUUUCACAUGAUUACUGGUCACUGAAUGUGUUGAUACCAUCUACCAUCUAGGACUCCAUUCUCCACGUGAUGCCACUUAGUUCAGGCCUUUGUAAUGCUAUGAGAUAGAACCUAUAGAACCUUUAGAAUGAGUGAAAUGAAUAUAGAAUCAGAACCAGGUGAAUGAAGUGUUCUCUGGUUCUGUCUUUGACCAAUAGACAGGCUGGUGAGUGACGACCAACAUUCUGACCCCUCCCACCUGCCCUUAGGAGCUGGGAGCACAUAGUAACAGAAAACAUGCUUUUUAUUCAGUGGUUUAUCUUUUGUAUCCAUAGUUACAGAAAACAUCCAUUUUUAUCCAGUGGUUUAUCUUUUUCUAUCCAUAUUCCUGCUUUGUACAGAGGUUUGUAUAUAGGAUUUUAUUUUCAUUUCAUUUUUUUUAAUGUGGAAUUUAUCAUGCCUUUUAUUUUGUAUUAACAUUGCAUUAGAUUAAAAGGUUUGCAUUUAUACCCCCCCCCAAAAAAAUGUUUUUUAAAGUUUUUAAAUGACAGGGACUAUAAAGAAUUGGUAUGUGAGAAUCUGCCUAUCGUUGAUUUUCUGGGUAAGGCUUGUGUUUUCUUUGCCAGUGAACACAACUGACUCCCUCCUCCUUCAUCAUACGUCGUCAUUGUAUAGGAUUUUAACGCUGACUGUUUCCAAUUCACUACUGACUUCUGAAUAAACUUUCUCAACUGGA